CAAAUCGCCCAAAAACUCGGAACCAACAUAAUAAAACCAUAACUAUUACCCCAAAUAGAAAAGAAAGAAGUGAGAGAAAAUCAAACCAUUCAUCAAAACAAUCAACAAAAAAAAUCAUUCCAAACGAAAACAUUCCCCAAUCAUCAAGAUGGCUCAAUCAAAUUCAGAAUUACAACUCCAACGAUCAUCAAUUUCAUUCAGACGCCAAGGUUCAUCCGGUGCUGUUUGGGAUGAUCGUCAUCUAUCGGGUAAAAUCGCUUACCCUAAACAUAGAUCUCAACCUAUGUUUUACUCUGGAGAAUUAAUACUCCCAAACAAGGCACAACAACUUCAACAUCAACAAGUACGUUCACGUCGUAAUCAACAGAAUGAUUUUAACAUUAAUCCAGACGUUAAUGUUAAACCGAUUAAGACGACCGUUGGAUCAAAUCAUCAACCAGAUGUCGUUGAACCGUCUUCUUCUAGGUUUAAAGGUUGCGGUUGUUGUGGUGCCUUGGGUAAAUCUCCCCGGGCUUCUAGAAAUGUCCGACCCGUUAGAUCUCGGCCUAGGUAGUUUCGGGCUUUUGUAAUGGCUGAAAGUUGUUACUAUGGUUACGUGAUGGUUUUUCAUUUCUAAUUCAAGCAUCGGGUACGUAUUCAUCAUAUUAUCAACCCAAUAUCCCUCUCGAAAGCAGGGUGCGUCCGUGCGUAUUAAGAAAGAUAAUGGACAAUAUAUACCCGUACUCCUUUCGAUGAGGCCAGAGGUUAUUAUUAUUAAUUAUUAUUAAAUCUUUUAUUAGUGUUUUUUUUAUUUAAUAGAUUAAUAUAGGUUAAUUAUUAUAGUAUUUUAUUAAAGGUUUUUGGUUUUGUUUAUUGCAAUUCUGCCCUAUAUUUUUUUGGGUUGCAUGACUGUAAAUUUUUGUUUUUCUGAUUUGUGAAUAUGUUUUGAGUUUUUGAUUAUGAGGAUGAAAAUAAGUUUUACUUUUUUAUUUAAUUUUUUCCAUAUAUUUUAGUUGUUUCUUUGUUGUGUUGAAUGUUGAUACACAUACUUUUAUAAUACUCCAUAUGUGAGUGCCCCUUUCUUACAUGCUACAAGGAUUUAAUUAGACACACAAAAGGUGGAGAAUAAAUAUGAAAAAGUAUUUGAAAAAAUAGAACUAAAUCAUGAAAAUAUUUACUUAACUAUGCAAAGGGAUUCUUAUGGUACAUCAAAAUUUUGUAUUUCUUUAUUUAAAUUUAACAAUUAUAAUCAAACAAACUACACUCACAAAGUUAAAUGCUCACUUUAGAAGAUUCUUCCUCUAUUGCAUUCUUCCUCUAUUCUUUGUCCAACUAAAUAAAUAAACCCAUUUAUAGACAUAUAAGAAGAUAAUAAAGCAAAAUAUAGAUGGAGGAUUCCAAAAAAAUGCAUGGCGACAGCAGACACAUCUAAAAAAUAUAUUCGCAAUAUU